AUGGCUCAGCCAAAAGGCUAUGUCAAUUCUGAUUUUCCAGAUCAUGUAUGCAGCCUUAAAAAGGCCAUUUAUGGCCUAAAACAAGCCCCGCGCGCCUGGUAUGAGGCCCUCACGGCUUAUUUGAAUACUAUUGGAUUUGUUAAGUCCGAAUCAGAUGCCUCACUGUUCAUUUUUAAAUCCCUGGCUGUUACUGUUUACAUUUUAGUAUAUGUGGAUGAUAUUCUCAUUACUGGGAACCAUCCAAACUUAGUUGCGCAGGUCAUCAACUCUUUGGCUAGCAGGUUCUCACUAAAGAAUCUUGGUGAACUUAAUUAUUUCUUGGGAAUAGAAGUUAAGCGUGUUCCAAAUGGGAUCAUCCUAUCUCAAUCUCAAUAUAUUCUUGAGAUUCUAUCUGAUGUGGAUAUGACAGAUUGCAAAGGGGUUGCCACACCGAUGUGCUCCAGCUCGCCACCUAAAGCAGAUGAUGGUUCACCCCCCGCCGAUGAAACCCUCUAUCGACGCACUCUGGGUAAGCUGCAAUACUUAUCAUUCACGCGUCCUGACAUCUCAUUUGCAGUAAACAAAUUAUCCCAAUUUAUGCAUUCUCCAAGUCUGGAACAUUGGAAGGCUGUAAAAAGGGUUCUGCGCUACCUCAAAUCAACAACAACAUCGUGCUUGGAAAUUCGUCAUCAUGCUGAUUGGAAUUUGUAUAUGUAUGAUGAUGCUGACUGGGCAGGUGAUCCCAGUGAUAGAAUCUCAACAUCGGGUCAUAUGCUCGUCUUGGGACCAAAUCCCAUAUCUUGGUCCGCUAUGAAACAACCAAAAUGUGUCAGGGGUUGA